UGUAUUCACUGCACUUUAAAAAUGUACACUAAAAGUUAUCUAUAUGUACAUUUUGACAAAGAUAAAGAAAGUUUAAUCACCAGUAACACGCAUUAAGAUUAACGCGUCGAACUUAACUAACUAAAGAACUUAAUUUCCGAACAAAAAAGAAUCUUACUUCCGCUAGAACUUUAUUGGUUGUUUUUUUCCGUGGUAAUAUUUAAAAGGUUACUAUAUAUAGUUGUAUCCCAAUCGUAAUAUGAUUUCGUUAAAUGCCUUUUUAUGUGCUACUUUAGUAUUAAUUUUUUACUAUAUAAGCUAACUAAAUCAAAAUAUGAUUAAAAAUAAAAGAAAGGAAAAUAUAAGAAAAAUUUGUAAGUGUAGUACUUCGUUCUAUUAAAAAAAGUAUAGAUAACAUUCUUUAAAGUGCACAAUAUACAGACAUCUGGAUCUGAUUGUGAAAAUAUAUAUAAAUACAUAUAUAUGUAUACAUAUGUUUUGCUCAUUACGAAACCAAUAUAAAAAUGACAAGUGAACCUGUUAAACCCUUAAUUUGGAAUUGUGAACGAGUCUUAGGGACCGGAGGUUUUGGUAUUGUAAAAUUAUGGGUUCAGAAAGAAACUGGUCGAAAACUAGCAAUAAAACAAUGCAAAUGGGACGAUACACAAUUAACAGCAAUACAGAAAACUCGAUGGGCCAGAGAAGUUGAAAUAAUGAAACGUCUAAUACAUCCUAAUAUUGUAAAAACAAUGCAUGUUCCAUUUAAACUAGAUGAAGAUAAAAACAUGCCUGCAUUAUGUAUGGAGUAUUGUACAAUGGGUGACCUUAGAAAAGUCCUGAAUAAAGGAGAAAAUUGCUGCGGUAUUAAAGAAAUGGAUACAUUAAAAAUAAUAAGCGACAUUUUAUCUGCUGUAAAGUAUUUACACUUGCAUAAUAUUACUCAUCGUGAUUUGAAACCAGAAAAUGUAGUUUUACAAGCUGUAAAUAACACAGUUUUAUAUAAAUUAAUAGACUUGGGAUAUGCUAAAGAAAUUGGAGAAGCCAGUAUAUCUGCGUCUAUAGUAGGCACAUUGAAUUAUGUAGCACCAGAACUUCUUUGUAAUGAAAGAUACAGUUGUUCUGUUGAUUAUUGGAGCUUAGGAAUACUUUUUUAUGAAAUAAUAACUGGAAAAAGGCCAUUUUUACCUAGUAUGCCGCAUACAGUGGAGUGGAUGCAAAUUAUUAAAAAUAAAUCCAUUGAUGAUAUAUGUGCUUAUGAAUGCGAUGGAAAAGUAUUAUUUAGACAAGAUAUAGAGGAUCCAAUAGAUCUAUCCAGUUAUAUCAGGUCUUCUAUGGUAAAAUGGUUUAAAAUUGUCCUUCAAUGGGAUCCUAAGAAACGGGGUAAACAAUUAGAUGUAAACGGGAUACCUCAAUUAGAAGUCUUUAAAUUACUUGAACCAGUUCUAUCGCAGAAGAUUUUAUAUGUGUAUUCUAUGUACUUAUAUAAAAUUUUUACAUAUAUAAUUGAUAACAACACCACUCUUUCAAAAUUGCAAUUAAUUAUAGAAAAAGAUGUAAAUAUUUCAAUUAAUCAACAAAUAUUAACUGAUUAUUAUGGGAAUAUCCUCUGCGAUGACGUACCAGUUCUUGCACAAAUUGACAAUUCAAUGUUAUUUGUUCUGCAAACUGAAAAUAUAUUAAUAAACGAUAUACCUGCACUAAAUAUACCUUUCCUAGCACAAAAAAUGAUAGAGCAAUCAAAAAGUAAGCUAGGUUUUGAAGUAAUAAAUGAUUAUUAUCGUGUGACCAUAUUCAUGAUGAAGCAGGAAUUGCAACUUUUCAAGUUAUAUAUUUUUUCUUUGUCUAUAGAAAUAGACAUAAUAAAUGCUAGACUUGUUAAGUUUGAAACAUGCAUAAAAAAUACAUUACAAAGUACAAAUUUAUUAGCUACAGAAGUGAAUUCUUUUCAAACUCUUCAUAUCGAUCAAAAAACAAAAAGAGACAAAAUUGAAGCUUUAGAAGAGAAUUCUAAAAAGGUGAACAAAUUAUUAACUGCUGCUAAUCAAAUACGGUUAAAAUUUACCAAUUUAAACGAAGAUAGUAAUGUAUUAAAAAGCAUUAUCCUAAACAUUUCAAUAGAAGUUUUAAAUGAAACAUAUGACAAAGCCUUAAAUAUAUAUGAGACUUUUAAAAAGGCUUUUAAUCGUUCUGAGACACCAAUAAAAAUGGUUAAGGUACUUUUUGAAUUUAUGAGAUUACGAAAAACACAAUUUGAUGAAAACAAAAUCGUUCAACUUGUCAGCCAAAUAAAUAAUUUGAAAUAUGAACUUUUGAAAUUAGAAGGUUCAUUCAAUUCUGUAAUAGUCAUGACAAAAAAAUAUCAAGACGACUUGCAUGCUAUAAUAAAGGAAGAUUCAGAUAGGGAAUUACCAUCUGAGUGUAAUAAGUCUAUAGAUUGUCAUGACAAUUUAAUAUAUGAAAAUUUAAUAGUGCGACAUACGAUGGACAAUCUUAUUACAGAAAUAGAAAAAAUAUAUCAAGAGAUAGUAAGUCUUGAUUCAUAAAAUCAAAGAUAAAUUAUGAAUUAUAAAUUAUAUAUACAGGAUGAGUUAGUUAACUGUCUCAUGGCCGGGACGUUCGUCUGAAUUAAAUUGCAUAAAAUCUAUUGAACCAAAUGGCAUAUAAUCUAUUUUAUAUUUACUUCUUUGGCAGUUCUACCAAAAAUGUAUAAAUCCUUACAA